GUGAGAAAGACAUGAUGAAUCAUACAGUAGUAUUCUCAGUUUUCUUCUAAGUUGUAAUUUUGUACUUGGUGGGAAGUAAAAUCUGUGUAUCAGUUUCCUCUGUAAUCAACCAGUUUAUAUGAAUCGGUUGAGUCGUCCGUUAAACCUGUUCAACCCACCUUCACUCACACCAACAACAACCCGCCUUCUCCUCAACCUUCGACCCCGCAUCUCCGCCGCACGCCUCCAUCUCCGCCGCCGACCACACUCUCUCUCCGCCGCCGUCGUUCACCGGAAAACAAUGGACUCCGAUAAUUCUCUCGCCAAUCUCUCCGGCAGCGUAAUCGAUGAUUUCGUCAAUGUUCAGACUCCGACGAAUGAGCUCGAUAAUCACGACCCUAAUUUAGUCGCGAUUGAUAGUGAUGAUAAUGGAGGAGAGAGAAUUAAUAAUGAUGAUGUCGGAGGAGAGAGAAUCGCUGAGAGUGAAGGCUCCAACAAUGCCGGAGAAUCAGAGAGUAGAUCGCUUCCUCAAGAACUUUCCAGAAAUGUUGUUGUGUUGUCUUGCAAUAAUGGCGAUGGUUAUAAAUGUGACGUUUAUUUGGUCGGAACUGCUCAUGUGUCUGAGGAAUCAUGCAGAGAGGUUCAAGCUGUAAUCAGUUUCUUAAAACCAGAGGUUGUGUUUUUGGAGCUCUGUUCAAGUCGUGUGUCUAUUCUUACCCUUAAAGAUUUAAAGAUACCAACCAUGACAGAAAUGAUAGACUCGUGGAAGAAAAAGCAGAAUAUUUUUGGAAUACUCUACGGCUGGUUUCUUGCAAAGGUUGCUGACAAACUUGAAGUGCUUCCUGGUUCUGAGUUUCGAGUGGCAUUUGAAGAAGCAAUGAAGCUUGGCAGCAGGGUUGUACUUGGUGAUCGGCCCGUGCAAGUGACAUUACGAAGAACAUGGAGUAAAAUGCCACUUUGGCAUAAGAUUAAACUAGUGUACUCUUUUCUCUUCCAAGCAGUGUUUCUCCCAGGCCCAGAUGAUAUUAAUAGAAUGUUAAAGGAAAUGGAUGAUGUCGAUAUGUUGACUUUCGUGAUUCAAGAGAUGAGCAAGGAGUUCCCCACAUUGAUGGAAACGCUAGUGAAUGAGCGAGAUCUGUAUAUGUCAUCUACAUUAUUGAGGAUUGCAAGGGAGAAUACAUCAGUGGUUGCAGUUGUUGGGAAGGGUCAUCUACAGGGUAUAAAGAGGAACUGGGAGCAACCUGUUGAGGUCUCGGAUUUAAUGGAAAUUCCUACAAGUCGUCCUUUCCUGUCAGCUGUGAAGGUCCUUACAACUGUUGGUGUAGCAGUUGCAGGGGCUGCAAUAGUUUCCGGUAUAUACCUGGCAUCAAAAAAGCAGUCCUAGUGACAAUUUUCUGCUUUGUGAAUCUUCUCGACUGAGAGAUUGUUAAUUUGGGUCGAAAUUUACAAGAUAUGAAUGCCAUGAUGUUUGCUUGUUGAUGAAAGCUGAUUAUCAGUAACUGGUCAUCAAGCGUUUGCUGCUUAGUGUUAGUAGCAGUAUAUCAUUGUAGUUGUUGGAGGUAAAAGUGGUUGUAAUAAUUCGUCAGUAUACGUAUGAUUCAUAAUGCUUUUGUUGAUAUUAUCAGUGGUUGUAGGAGGGAUCGUAACUGUAAUUUGAGUGGAUUUUGACGAUUUGUGUCCCUGUUUGUAUAAAACUUUUACACUUCAUUCUUCAUUAAGGAAAGAAAAUAACUUGUAAUGUUGUUUUAAAAAAUUUUGCUUCUUAUUUGUAAUGUCGAUUGAAUGCAAGCCUUUAAUUUUCAUCCUUUUUAUUGCUUUUAA